AUGUCUUCUCCAGCUAUCUAUGUUUCGGACAAUGAAGAUGACAGUCAAGGAAUCCCUGUUCACAGAGGGGAUGAAGUCUUCACCCAAAGGGGAGACAAAUUUGGUCCGCAUUUCAGAUCUCAGUCGACCUCUGCUUCCCUUGGCGCUCUUCGCCGCCUUUGUAACAUCCCCCAGGAAAUUGAAUUCUCUCUUCCUAGACCCAACGAGUCUCCGGAAGUGGUGCGAGAGGGUUACUGUUGUGCGUACGAAGUCUAUUUCAAAUGUUGUGGUUUGUUUUUUCCCGUACCGGAAGUUCUUAUUUUAUACCUCCUCCACCUAGGGAUUGCCUUUCCUCAAAUGGCUCCCAACUUUCUUCGAUACGUUCUGAGCAUCCUGACUGUUUCGGCAGAAGCAGGGUUUUCCCUCUCUACUAGCGAACUCUUAGGGCUAUUUCGAGCCCGCGAAUCCGCAGCAGCGGGGAACCAGACGAUCCCCCGCCCAACCGUUGACUUCUUGUCCUUCUUUCGAAUCGUUUCCGAGGGUGAAACAAAUUGGAAUUCCUUCACCCUUCAACGCAUUCAUAAAGCGGGGCUCGCCAUUAAAGAUGGUCUGACUCAUCCCCUCGAUCUUCCUCCCGAGGAGAAAGACGUCUCGAGCCUGAAUGCUCGAGAUAAAAGAAAGAUGAAGACCCUUUUGGUUGAUGACAGUUCGUUAGAAGCAGCCCUGUCAGCCGCGGUGGAUACUCAUGGAGCCGAGAUCCUUAACGACCCUCCAGUUGCCACCGCAAUUUGCCCUCCCGAACCAGGGUGUGAGGGAGAAAUAACCUCCUCUCCUCGUACAAAGAGGAAGGCUCCUGAUUCCGAUAAUCCAUCAAACGAGAGACUUAAAACCGUGAGAUUAAGUUCUCCACCACGAGUCUCUAGCCCUCUACGUUCUGUUUAUCCUUCUUCAGAACCUUUUAACUCCGAGCUCUCUCUUCCGGGAGACAGAGUAAUUUCAGAGGAAAUAGAUGAGCCGAGACCGGAGGCUCCCCUAUCUCAAGGAUUGAGUGUUAGGACUCAAAAUCCUUUACCUACUUCGAUUUCAGGCGGAGAAGAGAUUGGAGACAUCUUCCGAAGUUUCCAAACCAGGGAAGGGGCGUCCCUUCCUCCUUUUUCGGUUUGGAGGCCGGAAAUCUGUCAGAUGUUCGCCAAUCGAGCUUGCUACCUAUCCCAGGCGUUUAUGGAGACUAAUGGAAUGAUCUUCCAUUAUGAGAACCUUCUUCAUCAAGAGAAGAGAGAGACCACAAAGGCUAAGAAGGAGGUUGACGACUUCAGAUUAGCCAACCAAUCCGAGCGACUUAAGCGGGAAAAAGCACUCGAGUUAUCUGUUGAAAAUAUGAAGAAGACUCUGGCAGCUAACGAGCAACGCAUUAGAAUUGCGAAUGCUGAAAGAGAUUCUGCAAGGGCUAAUACUCUUCGCUUGGAGGCUGAGCUAGAGGAGAAUACGGCUUUGUUCGAAGAAGCAAAUCAAGAGAUCGAGCUUUUAACUAGGAACAGGGAUCGCAAUAUCGCUGAGGCCGAACAUAAUGCUCGAGAAGAGAUGAGGGGAUUCGGUAGGCAACUUAUUCAAUCUGUCAUGAAGUUCAUCAAGGACGAAGAGGUCUGGACUAAACUUCUAACAGAUCGAGCCGAACUGAAGAGCAAUCUAGACCUGAUUAAGGAACUAGAGGCUGGGAGAGUUUCGUUUGAGAACGAGAGGAGCGAAGUUGCUGCCGAACUCGCUAUGGUUGAGUCCGAGCUAUCCUCGGCUUCCCGUCCUACUCUCGAUUUGAAACAAUUUUCUUUGGUAUUUGGAGAUUCCCCAUCUCAAUUUGAGGUAGGUGAAGGUUCUCGGCCACAUGAGGGUUCUCUAGAGGAGUAG